AUGGCUCCUAGCGGUGUUGCCCAUGAGUUGUCUGCCAAGCGCCGGCAGUUUGCCGGCGAGCCUGGCUUCAAAGGACUUGUCAGUAAUAAAAGGACAUUUGCGAUCGCACUGUUCGCAUCCUUAGGUGGUCUGGUGUAUGGCUAUAAUCAAGGAAUGUUCUCGUCCAUCCUGACAAUGAAUUCAUUCCAAAAGGAGAUCAAAGGCUAUGCCGCCGAGACGGGCACUAAACAAGCCAUUACCACUGCCAUUCUUGAACUCGGAGCAUGGGUUGGCACUCUGCUAAACGGAUGGCUUGCCGACGCGAUCGGUCGCCGUCACACAACUGUUCUCGCCGUUGUUGUCUUCUGUGUGGGUGUCAUAGUCCAGGCGAACACCAAAGCUGUCAGCUAUGUCCUGGGCGGUCGAUUCGUGACUGGCCUUGGUAUUGGUAGUUUGAGUAUGAUUGUGCCCUUGUACAAUGCUGAGCUGGCUCCCCCUGAAAUUCGUGGAUCCCUUGUCGCUGUUCAACAGUUGGCUAUUACCUUCGGUAUCAUGGUCAGUUUCUGGGUUGGCUAUGGUUGCAACUUCAUUGGCGGAACUGGAGAUACGCAAUCAAGGGCUGCUUGGCUGGUUCCUGUCUGCAUCCAGCUGGCCCCGGCUAUCAUUCUGGGAAUUGGCAUGACCGUCUUCAUGCCUCAAUCACCUCGUCACUUGAUGAACACUGGCCGCGAAGAGGAAUGCUUGGAAGUAUUGGCCUGGCUGCGCAAUAAAUCCACAGAUGAUAUGGUGGUGCGCAUCGAGUUCCUGGAAGUCAAGGCUAUGCACAUGUUCGAGAAGGAAACUUCCGCCGCCAAGUAUCCGCAGUAUCAAGAUGGCUCUCGAAAGAGUAGACUCAUGAUCCUUAUCAACGACUACAAGUCGCUUGUCACCAAUCCGUCCUUAUUCAAACGUUCGACAGUUGCAUGCUUGAUCAUGGUUUUCCAACAGUGGAAUGGUAUCAACGCUAUAAAUUAUUACGCUCCAUUCAUUUUCAAGGGCAUUGGACUGACGGGAAACACCAUCGACCUUCUUGCGACCGGUGUUGUAGGUAUCAUGGAGUUUGUCUUCACGAUUCCCGCGGUCCUUUGGGUGGAUAAGUUUGGAAGAAAGAGUAUUUUGAUCGCAGGUGCUAUUGGCAUGGCAUCUUGCCACUUUAUUGUUGCUGGUAUUAUUGGAGCUUUCAAGGAUGACUUUGCCUCCCACAAGUCUGCUGCGUGGGCUGGAGUUGUCUUUGUUUGGAUUUACUGCAUCAACUUCGGUUACUCGUGGGGUCCAGUGGCUUGGAUUGUUGUGUCAGAGGUGUUCCCACUCUCUAUGCGUGCCAAGGGUGUAGCUCUUGGUGGCAGCAGUAACUGGCUGAACAACUUUGCUGUUGGAAUGGCUACCUCGCCAUUCAUCUCCAAGACUCAAUUCGGUGCUUUCAUCUUCUUCGGUGUCAUCACUCUCAUCGGCGCCGUCUGGGUCUACUUCUUCGUACCUGAGACCAAAGGUCGCACUCUCGAGGAGAUGGACGAACUGUUUGGUGUUACGGGUAUGGCUGCUGCUGAUGGAGACCGAAAGCGUCGUAUCGAGCGAGAAAUUGGUCUACUGGCACUUCUUGGAGAGGACUCGGGUGUCGAUGAGUCUAAGACCGCCUCCGACGAUGCAAUCGACAGUGCGAACAAGCAUGUGGAGGCGACAGAUCUUCCGAACGAGAAGGCUUGA